AUGGACGACGACGAAGACAAGAAAAAGGACGACGAACACGGCGCCCUCGCUGCAGAUGGCGAUAUCGACAUGGGCGCCGGCGAAACAACGGCGGCGGAUGCUGUGCCCGUCAAGAAGGAAGUCAAGCUGGAGGAGCUGUUUGCCGACGUCGACUCCGACGACGAGUUUCCCAGCUCGGCGCCCGUCAAGCAAGAGGACCCGUCUUCAAGCGCGCCCUCGUCCAGCCCCGCGUCGCCCGUCGACCUGUCGUCGGCCCAGAAGGCCUCGGACCCAGAGGUCAUGCGCAGCUUUUACCAGCGCCUCUUCCCCUGGCGACACCUCUUCCACUGGCUCAACCACAGCCCCUCGCCCACAAACGACUUUGCCCAUCGCGAGUUUGCCUUUACCCUCCCAAACGACGCCUACCUGCGCUACCAGUCCUUCCCCACCGCCGACCUCCUCCGCAAGGACGUGCUGCGCCUCAUGCCCUCGCGCUUCGAAAUCGGCCCCGUCUACUCGGCCAACCCGCGCGACCGCAAGACGCUCCGCAACUCGUCCGCCUUCAAGCCCCUCGCCAAGGAGCUCUGCUUCGACAUUGACUUGACAGACUACGACGACGUGCGCACCUGCUGCGACAAGGCCAACAUCUGUAACCGCUGCUGGACCUUCAUCACAAUGGCCAUCAAGGUCGUCGAUGUGGCCCUGCGCGACGACUUUGGCUUCAGGCACAUCCUCUGGGUCUACUCGGGCCGCAGAGGCGCCCACGCAUGGGUCUGCGAUAAAAAGGCCCGCGCCUUGGAUGACCACAAGAGGAGGGCUAUUGCUGGCUAUCUCGAGGUGGUCAAGGGCGGUGCGCAGAGCGGAAAAAAGGUUAAUGUCUGGCGGCCGCUGCAUCCUCACCUAUCUCGCAGCCUCGACAUCCUCAAGACGCACUUCCAACAAGACGUCCUCGAAGUCCAGGACCCCUGGGCCUCCAACGAACAGGCCGAGAGGCUCCUCCAGCUGCUGCCGGACCGGGGCCUCAACGACUCGCUGCGGCGCAAGUGGGACGCGGCGCCCGGCCGGGCCUCGGCGGCCAAGUGGGCCGACAUCGACGCCAUGGCCAAGACGGGCGCCAGCAAGCACCUCGACCCGCGGGCGCUGCUCGAGGCCAAGCAGGACAUUGUCCUCGAGUACACGUACCCGCGCCUCGACAUCGAGGUCAGCAAGAAGCUCAACCACUUGCUCAAGAGCCCCUUUGUCGUCCACCCGGGCACCGGCCGCGUCUGCGUGCCCAUUGACACGAGGACCCUCGAAGAUUUUGACCCGCUCGGCGUCCCCACGGUGCAGGGCCUGCUGGCGGAGAUUGACGCGUGGAAGGACGACGAGGGCGGGGCCGACAAGGGCCGGGGCGUGGCGGAUUGGGAAAAGACGAGCUUGAAGCCGUACGUCGAGUACUUUAGGGUGUUUGCGGCGGGCAUUGUCAAGGACGAGAGGGACGUGCGGGUCAAGAGGGAGCGUGACGAGGACACGAUGGAGUUUUGA